UUGUGGGAGAACUCUGACAACAGGUGCCUUUGUCAGCACACCUUGGCAGCUCCCUUGCAGUGAGCUGGGAGCAGCAGCUGAGUGCUGCGUGUUCCUUCUGCAAGGAAAGGAACCCACGGGGCACCUCCCGAAGCCAAAGAGGAGGCGGCCAUGCAAAGGGCUUCUGAAAACCUGAGCAGGCUUUAGCGUAUCAGGUAUGAUUUUUGUUUGACGUGGCACAAAGAGCAGCCCUGUGAGCUGGAUGUUGCGUCAGGAUCUGAAUCUGAGCUACCUCUGCCGUGGGAAGCAAUUGCAAAUGCUCUGCACGCCUCUGAAGAGAGACACGGAUUUUUUAAAGCAGCAGUAUAGAUGCAUUUCGAGUAAAAAAUACCUUCCUUCAUCCUGCAAGGGUUAAGCGUGGUCAGAAGCUGCUUUGGUCUCAAGGAUUUAACCUCAAGUACUGCAUUUUUGUUUGCCAUAAGCCUAUUAGAAUUCUCUGUUUCCUAGCAAUAACAUGUAAUUUCCCCCCUAUUUAAGUGAAAGAGGUGUCGGGUUUUAAUCCUGAACGCUACAGCUGUUGCUCAAGUUUCCUAUUCAAAUGCAAAUAACACCUGGUGCUUUUUAGACACCCAUGUAAUCUGUGAUAAGGAUACUGCAGGGGCACAGGAAGAAGAGAAGAGCAAGGUGCAUCUUAACCCAGUUUGCUCUGGAAAGCGAAAGUGUAACCAUCUGCUACCGACUCGUUCAACUGGAAACUUCCAGCCGAGCUGCAGCACCCGGCGUGUGCUCCUGGGGGACAGCUGGAGAGAUCGUGCUCCUGAAACAGGUCGGAUUUGCUGCUGGGAUGGACAGAAGGCUUCCAGAGAGAAGAACGUAGCGAAUGUGCCCACGCAGGAGCGCGGAUUUGGUUGGAAGUUUCACCUGAAAGGAGUUUGUUCUGGAGGUGUCAGUUUGUUUCUGCAGACCGCAUGCUGUGAUUCUGCUGUUUUAAUCCCUGCACUGGCUUUUGGUCUGUGUCAGAUGUUAGGGUAAACAAAUUGACAUCUCAGAGUAAGCUGGAAGGCAACUAUGCUUUGUAAAGCUCACAGACAAGAUAGUGUGCUGCUUAAAUAAAAGCAGAGCAGUCCUGGGUUCGGCUUAAAAACCUUCCACUGCAAAACUUUCCAGUUGGAUCAGUUGGUUUUAUUUCACUUGUGGAAGUUCAGGCUUAUUCAAAGAAGGUCCUACGGACUUCAUUGCCUUUUUCACAACUGUUGUACUGUGUUACAAGUGGAACCAAAGGACUCUUCUGGGGGGGGGGAGGGAAGGGCUGUGACUUGGUACCGUUGUCUUCCUGCUCAUAGCAAGGAUCUGAGUGGCACGAAAUGCAGUUUGGAUUUGUGUAGAAGAAAAAGUGAAUGUUCUUCAGAGCUUCAGAGGAGAUUCGUGGAAAGCUGAGAGAUGUUUGAAAGACGUCAUCGUAACACCAUUCUCUGUAGAUUUAGAAACAAGCCAGGAGAAACCACUUGCUGGGAAGCAAGCUAACCUGCUAAAGAAGGUUAUCAGCUUUCAGUGGAGAAAAGCUGGGAAAAGUACAAAGUUUGAGAGGAGCAGAAGCGACUGCAGUCCUGCCAUCAAGUGCUGCCUUCAGGAGACGCUUUUGCAAGCGGACUGCUGAGAAUGUGAGAACCUGUGAGCAGGUGUUCUUCCUGCAAUAAUAAGAGGCACCCUCGAGAGGGAGAUCCGAGCAGGAGGUAUUUGCUGGGUCGGCUUUGCUCCUGACACUCCUUCCUCAUUAGCUCUUCAGGUGGGUGUGAACAACUGACAAAGAGCCGUGCCAAGGCUCAGGCUCGCGCUCCCACUGCUAACGGCAGGAUGAUGGAAGAGGUGUCCAUCAUGGUGGCUUACGACGCGCAUGUUUUCAGCCAGCUGUACGAUGAGGACUUCCUGGCCAAUCUGGUGGCAGUCAGCAAGCCCAGAUCUGUGGUGCCAACAAAAAAACUGAAGAAAUAUGAGAGAGAGUACCAAACAAUGCGAGAGAGUCAGCUGCAGCAGGAAGAUCCUAUGGACAGAUACAAGAGGGAAAACCGCAGGCUCCAAGAAGCUAGCAUGAGGCUGGAGCAGGAGAACGAUGACCUUGCCCAUGAGCUCGUAACAAGCAAAAUUGCCUUACGGAAUGACCUGGACCAGGCUGAAGACAAAGCAGAUGUUCUGAACAAAGAACUUCUCCUGACCAAGCAGAAACUAGUGGAGACUGAGGAAGAGAAACGGAAGCAGGAAGAGGAAACUGCUCAGCUGAAGGAAGUCUUCAGGAAGCAACUGGAGAAGGCAGAAUCUGAGAUUAAGAAAACCACAGCUAUUAUUGCAGACUAUAAACAGAUUUGUUCCCAGCUGAGUACCAGGCUGGAAAAACAACAGACAGCCAGUAAAGAUGAACUGGAAGUUGUAAAGGGUAAAGUGAUGGCCUGCAAACACUGCAGUGAGAUUUUCAGUAAGGAGGGGACACUGAAGCUGCCUGCUCUAAGCCUGGAUAAUAAAGGCUUAGAAAUAGAUGAUGAGAAGGAUGCACUGAAGAAGCAGCUGAGAGAGAUGGAGCUGGAACUUGCACAGACCAAACUGCAGCUUGUGGAAGCCAAGUGCAAAAUUCAGGAGCUGGAGCACCAGAGGGGAGCCCUUAUGAAUGAAAUCCAAGCUGCCAAAAACUCUUGGUUUAGCAAAACCCUGAACUCUAUCAAAACUGCCACAGGCACACAGCCACCGCAGCAGCCUCAGCCGUCCCUGCCACCCAAAGAGGGCAGCACAUAGUUCCAGCCAGACCUAGCACAAGAGCACAAAGAACAACACAGCUGAAACCCUGGGGGGGUCUUCCAGUGGUCUCUGCUCUCGGGUAAAGGACAAAAAGCAGGCGUGCAGGCUUGAAGUGAAAUUCUUCAGUGUUUUUCAUUCAUUCUGAUGUGAUCCUUUUCAAAGAGGGUAAAAUAUAUUGUUUUACGUUGAAUUCCUACUUCCCAAACUGCCUUGCUGAAAGCCACGUUCUGAUACCUUCAUACUUUUACACUUUAUUUUAUAUGACUAGAUGAAUAAAUAAUUCAAAACUAGCUCUUUAAUACAUGACUAAUGAUUCAGAAUUAUUUUUAUCUUGCAUAGAAGGUUUUUUCUUCUGGAAGAGGAGGAGAGGAGAAUGUCAAAUGUAAAGUACUGCAGCAUCAUCUCUUCCCAGAAAGCACAGUGUAACAAGUACUAGUGUGUGAGCGAGUGUCUAGGAUAACUUAUGCCCUGGGACCAUCUCAGAAGUUUAUCGCAGUGACUGCGUCCUGCAGAGAAGCACUUUUUGUAAAGCUUAGGCAGAGGCAGCCUUGUGCUCUCUUGGCACAAUUGUUCAUGAGCUUCCCCAAGAAUUUCAUCGUUGUUCGGGUUGUUUUUUCUUCAGAAAUGCAAGUUGUGCAGCUGUUCUGAGUAGCACUGUUGUUUAAAGGUUAUUUACAGCUGAACUGGGACUUAACAAAGUUACCUAGUUCCACCUUUUUUAUUUCAUGUUUAUACUAAGAACUCCAAGAAGUCAUUCCUACCACUGGGAGAAAGGGAAAGCUGUUGGAAAUGUAUUUGUUUAGCAGGGAAGCAGAGGAAAGACCUUGCAUAGUUUUGCCCUUUUGUAAAUCCUGUGCAAUGAAGCAGAGCUUUUAUGAGUACAAUUAACAGAAACCUUUCCCUGGGUCUAUUUGCAAAUUUUGAAUUCGACGCAGAAAUGAGGUAUCAAAUACAAACCCAGAAGGCUUUUUGCUGCACUGAUGAAUAAAACAUCACAGAAACAGGAUCUUUUUUGCUAUAAAUGUUUGGCUAGGAAAUGCUGUUGAUAGUACUUAUUUUAUAAAAACAAACAUUUUCAAGUGAAACGCAGAACUUAGACUUUUCCCAUGGGAUAGACUUCUCUGAUGAUUCCCAAACCUGUCUGGUUGUUUUAUAUGUUGUCUAAGGUAAGAAAACUCAAAAGUGUUUGUUUCAACUGAACAUAAAGUGUUUAUAGAAAGACUUAUUUCAUGGAAAAUUAAACUAUUGCUUGAACUGAUGGAAUAUUUUUUUAAUUAUACCUCUCAUGUCUAUAAAAUGGUCUUGCAGGUAAAUAUCGCUGCUGAACAAAAGGUUGUGUAGUAAUUGUUCCAUUUAAACACUGUUCCAGGUAUAGCAGUUUUGUUUUGACUUGGUUGUUGUUUUUAUUAAUUUGAAGGAAUGCCAUAUCUUGUCAGUUUUGUAUAAUAAAAUUUAAUGAUACUCAUCUUGUGCUUUGUUGUCAAGCAAAAUUGUGAAUUACUUCAAACAGAGUAGUAUGAAUUUAAUGUUUAUCUGUGCCAAAGGAAUGAUUCAGAAGGACAGUCACCUGUUUGAAGCAGAGAUCAGAUUAUAAUCACUGUCCUGACACAGAGAUCCUGCGACAGAGUUCUCUCUUCUAAGAGUUAGGAGUUAAAGAAUGUUAGUAUUUUUAAAAGUACCUGCAAGUGAUCAUCUGGAAACCUUAACACUGGGGGGCGGAAGGGGGAAUAAAGAGGGACAAAGCAGAAGGGAUCUCUUUUGCGAAUAGGAGAAAAAUACACUUUCAUGCUGAUAUUUACGUAGAUGUUUCCAUUGUGUGGGCUAUCGUAACCUAGCAUAAUUCAUUCACUUACCAGUACCAUUUCACACUUGGUAUCAACCGCAUAAAAAAUGGGAAGUGACACUUGAGAAUGCCUGGUGAGCAUUUUCUGGUUACGUUUGAGAGUACUGUGCUGAUGAGUGACACUGAUGGUUUGACAAGAGUCCACGUUUCUUAAAUAGAUCUUAAAUUUACCUUACGUCUGAUUUAAAGCCUUGAUUGGAAAAAUGCCAUCGUACUCAAGAAAAAAUGGUUAAGACUGUAAUUCCCUGAGCAGCCAUGCUCACGUAACAGCUCACUGCUGCUCAGAGACCCUACCCCCCAACCCCGCAUUGUACAGUCGUGUCCCUGUCCUUGGUAUGGCACUUACUGCAGAUGAAUUUUAAAAUAUUGUGUGUGUGGGUAUUUUUCUGCCAUUUAGUCUUUUAGACAAGUCAGUACAUUAACUCAUGUCAAUGGGUCCAAUGAGAGUGAGUGGAUGAAGGGGAAAUGGGAGUGGUGCUCUCACAGUUCUUCAAAAGGGAAUUAAGUAAGCUUCUGCAUUUCAUGAAACCAGAUUGACAGAACAUCAUCUUUCUCAGUGUAGCAGCUCUCUGACUUUAGAAGUUGAGUUUCUGUGACAAAAUCGUGUUUGCUACCUGCUUGCCAGGAUGAUUUCAUAGCACUGUCAGGUAGAAACUGGCUUACCUUGUACCUCUCAAAAGAAGUUUCAGAAGGCAAUGAAUGGCUGAACUAUCCACUUUUGGUAAUGAUAUAAAGGCAGUAAAUGACUUUCAUCUUCCAUCUGUACAUCCCACUUAGUGUUUGUAGCAGUGGCAUUUGGAAGAGUAAUAUUUAUAUGUGGAAACUGUUUUCUCAAAAUUACUGGAAGAAUAAGAAAAAAUAGCUCUGUGGCAUUAUCUUGAUGAAUAAGCAUCGCUAUAUUCAGAAACAGAGAAAGUAGCAAAACUGCAGGAUUAAAUCAGGAAAGCUAAAACUCGGCCUGCUGACUGUACGUGUUACUGAGAUACUUUCUUGCAAGGAAAAAGAAAAUCUGGCUUUUAAUUAGUCCUUUCAGCAGUCGAUUACAAACACACUCAUAUUCCAGGGCAACUGGUCUGUCAGGGGUAGCUGGCUCAACCUUGAGAUUUUCAGCAGGAAAUACCAAACUUACUUUCAUGUGGCACUGGAACAUAGCUCAUAAGACUGGAGUGAUUAAUUUUUUUUUUCCUGAUUCAGUAUCAAACGAUGUGUCCAUUUAAAAAAUUCAAAUUACUUUCAAUACCGCUUUAUGGAACUAAAUCUAGUUUUAAUUUUAUUGGGAUUGCACACCUUUGGAAUGAAGCCUUUACUUUCUUUAGGGAUAAGCUUCCAAAGAAUGUUUUUAGUAUAACAGUUUCAUCUUGUUGGAUUCAAAUUGCUCCUGAGAUGUCCAUUAUGGAAAAACAAACAAAGCUGCUUAUCUUUUUUCCACUUUAAAAAGAAGUGCUUACUUUGACUGUAACACUUUACAGGGUAAAUGAAGCAAGGUACUUACAUGGUACAUCUGUGAACUAGUCUCAGCGUUGUGGCUCAGUACUGAAAAGCAAUAGCACGUACUUCAACAAAUCCUAAAUUUACCUAGAGAGACUUAAAAAUAUGGUGGGUGGCUUUAAUCCAAGAAACUGCAAAAUCCCCGGAGCCCAUAGGCUUUAAUGUUCAGUGAAACCGGUACUGGAAAGCUGGUCAGUAAUCAGUAUUGACAGCUGACAAACGUGUUCUUGCCUCGCCCAUUAAUUAGUACGUUCCGUAGGUUGCUACAGCCAAGUUACAAGUCAGAUAAACGAUUUUUCUCUUGUUAGGCAUCUUAAAGAACUUUUAUGUUGAGUCGUCUUUUUUUUUUUUCUCCCUAAAAUAGACGCUUAAAUCUGUGCCAUUGUGUGAAAAAUAACACAGAAUAAAGACAGCAAUUUACAACAGGAGAGGGAGCUCCAACAUCAAGAGCAGGAAUAAUUCAGCCCUUUGACAAAGCAUAAAGUAUCCCAUUAACUUCAGUGUCACCGUAUUGCUCACUGACUGAACAGGGCACUUGGAGUUAAAUGCAAAUCUUAAUUACUGGCAUUACAACUUAAAAGCUGCAUGAGAAAUUGAUGCUUUCUUCACGGGAAACAGGACUGUUCCCAUCUUUGUUUUAAGUAGUUGCAGUGAAAUCCAUGGAACUGCUUGUCUGUGUUGGAGAAUUAUACCUCUUAUGUUGAUUUACUGUUAGACUCAGGGAUAAUUGGCAUACUUCUAUAUGAUCUAGUAGGCCUAAAUACUUUUGGCAUUGAAACCAGAAACUCUCUUGUCUUACAAUGCUGGUUUUUUCUUCCAGCUGCUACAGAGAAAACCUUACUGUAUGUCAUUCUGGUUGACCAGCAUGCCUCUGUUACAGCCAAACCCUGCAGAAAGGGCUGUUGCUCAAACAGCUGGCUGCAUGAGAUAUGCAAUGCCAUGUAUACCCAGCACCGUGGGUACACACAGCAUCACAUUGUUCUUUCAAAUGCAAAGGAUUGAACUAAAUUCUAUUUAUUUCCAUCUAUUACAUUACCAUUCUACUGGGAGCUGUCCCGUUACCUCCUUCCAAGUAACAAUACUAAGGGGAGACACAAUGAAGCACUGAUUUUUGGACCUUUCAAAACGGAUUGUGUAUACAUCACUGCAGCCUUUAAAACUGAGCUAAUCCAUAGGUGGAUUUAGGGAAAUACAAAGAAUUUGGAACUGGAUGACUAAUUAUCAGCAUUGAUCAAGAUCCUAUCAUUCUCAACUCAGAAGUCUACACGAUUUGUUUCAGGAUCAUGACUUAAGACGUACAGGUUAAUCCUCCAGGAAUACAGGGCUCUCCACUUCUCCUGGAUUCCAACUGCUUUGCUACUGAAUGUAUUUCAUGCUAUUUUUACCUGGAAAAAAAAAAAAAAA